AUGAGCAUUGCCCAAUUUCAAACUCUGAAAAAGCACUUUGAAAGCAUUUUAACAGGGGACGGAAACAAGGCGGCGCGACAGGUGAGAUCUAAACCUUUUUGAGUUAUUUGUUUCUUUCUCUUCAGAAAAUCAUCACAAGCAUUUGUGAGCUUUACGACUGUUUGGGGAGAGAUGCGACCAGCCAGCAGUUCGAGAAGGUCUACGAGCUUUACGAGUUGUCAAAGCACAUUUUCAAGGCAGCGAAUCAGGUAAAGAAGAGGGAAAGGAGCUUAUAAGAGUUGGACGGUUUUCAGGAAGUGACGGAGAAUGAUGAAAGGUGGCAGAAUUGUCCGCAAAAAGAAAACAAGACCGCUUCGAGACUGUACAAAACGAAACUGUUUGAGCUGUCCAUUUAUCAUUUGAAAAACUGCUGUCAGCAAAGUAAUAUAAUCCUGAAUGACUUGUCGUUAUUGGAAGGAGUUUCCAGAACUUGAUCACAACAAUGUUCCGUGGAUCCAGUACUGUUUGGCGGUCCUCCAGAAGUCGUGGAUUCGGUCCGAAGUGAGCAUGGAAUGUGAAUUGUCCGCGUGCCUCCUCUCGUGCGCAAACGCCUCUCAACUGCACUGGGCACAGCAUAACCAUUUGAAAAGUUGGGAAAACGGCAGAUUCUGAUUGAACGCAACGUCAUUUUCAGGACUGUGGGAGUUUAUUUGGGAGCGGAUUGCUGAAAAGACACUGGACAUGUCUAUUCUGAAAAACUACGUGGAGCUGGCUGUUAAAAUGAUGAAAGAAGUGGAGAUGACGGUCUUCGAGAAGUCGCCAUUCCAUAUCGUUCGAAUUGUUGUGCACACUCUUAAGAGAAUCGCCGAAAGUGUUGAUUCUACAUUGUUCGUUUAUCUUUCCGUUUCAUUAGUAAUUUUUAUUGUUCAGCUGGGCACAUUCGAGAAAAUAUUCAUUCGUCUACAUUCUCUCCUAUGUCGUUCAUCGGUGGGGAGUUGCAGCCAGAGAUCUGAUCCUUCGAGAUUCCAUCGAAAUUAUAAAUCAUCUGAAAACUCUUAUGACAGUCGAACAUUCUGGAAUGGAAGACUCAAAGGCACGUUAGGACGAGGUUAUUUCAAUCCAGAACAUCCAUAAAUUCAGACUUGUAUGAUGAUGCUGAUAGACGAUUUGAUCAAGUUGGCUAUGGUGAAAACGGUCGGAAAACAUCGGACGAUGGAUGAAGAAACCGAAGAGAAUAUGAAGGAUCUUGUGCGAACCGCAAUUACGGAAACUCUGAAGUCAGCACAUGGAUUUUAUUUCAGUAAAGCCAAGUUUUCGCUUUACAAAGAAUACGUGAAGUACCUCGCGAGAUGGAUCAUAGCUCUGCGAGUUCUUGAACCUCCGCCUUAUGAUGAAUCUUUUGAAAUGGUGACAAGCAGCCGGAAGAAGAACGACUACGGAGGCGCAUUCACAUUUAAAGGACUCGUUAGUCUUUCGUUUGGGGAAUCAAUCUCUCCGAACGUCAACAAAUGCAACGCCUGGAACGGGGCAAUGCAAAUUAUAAGGGAAGUCAUCGCCAGUCAGAAAUUGAGUUAUUCUACAAUCGGACUAAUCAUAUCUUCACUGUGGGCGAAACGGAAGGCUUUCACAACGGACGAGCUCCGUGCCACUUUCUGUUCUCUUCUGGCAAGCACAACACAUCCAUAUGUUAUGUUCGGAAAAGAUCAGAUCCCGUCAAUUGACCUUCUUCUCAAAUACGCGCUCUCCCUCAUGCCGAACGUGACUUCUCUUCCCAGCUCCGCUUAUCUCAUCGAGUGCAUCAUCCGCUCUCAUCCUCAAGCCGUUACGAAGGAAAUGCAUAGAGCAAUCUGCGACACCGUCUCCAGAACGAAUCCUUCUUCGCUUCCCGUUCUCCGCCUUCUUUCUGCUUUCAUUUCGUAUACGGAGUUCGAAGAGGGAUCUCGUUUCAGCAGUAUCAAUGACGAUGCGAAGGGAAGUUGGAGUCUUCGGAAGGACACGAUUGACUGGCUUCUCGUUGAUCUGAGUGCGAACUCUCACCCUCUGCUUUAUCAAUUGUGUCGUUAUCAUCCGACGUUCUGCUAUGAAAUGGAUCAGCCCAUUCAUGGUGAUCUGCUAGUUCGAGAGUUUUCGUUAAUACUCAAUUUGCAGAUGACUUACUUCUUCAAUCUCUGAAGCAGUGCCAGCUGGUCAGUUCCCCUCAAAUAUCUGCGGUUUCGCCGUUCCGCCCGAUCGAUGCAACUAUUGAUGAAAUGGUUUGUUACGUACACGGCGAGCUGCAACAUCUUUUGAGUGAGCUCUAGGCACCGAAUCUGUCGAAGUUUAACUGUGUUUUAGGCCUCGAUCUCUCCCUCCCCGUUUUCGUACUUUGCUACGAGUUCUCUCUCAAAUGCCAACAAAAUCUGUUCGAUUUCAGCGUAAAAUGAUCUAGUCAAUACUCAAUCAGAUCUGGAAUAUUUCAGAAUAUCUACAAAAAGAUUGAAAAAGUUUCGGAAACCCUGGAAGAUUCGGAGUUCCAACAGGCAAUUGAAACGAUCACCGUUUGGCCAGAUAAACUGUCAUUUCCGAACGGAAGGCAGUCACCAGAAUGUCUCAUCGCCUUCUUCAUCGCCAAUCUCAGUAACCAGCUCAUCGAACUGAAUGCGUGGUAUUCGUGGAAAAACGAUAUUGUUCCUUUGCUAGCCGAACGCGUCAAAAAUAGUCCCGGAUUGCGUUCAAAGGUGCAGCAGGCGAUGCCCUUCAAUCAUUUCGUUAAGCUGUACAUUCUCGACAAUGUAGGAGAUUUGUAUGAAACAGCGAAGCGAUUUGUGGAUGUGUCUUUUCUUUUAUCCCAUAGGAACAUGCUCGCAACUAGAACACGCAUCAGGUUAGUCAGAUUCAAAUAACAAGAAGUGAAUAUUUUUCAGGAACGAAGCGGCAGAGCAGUUGAAAUCUGGCGAAUCGAUCACUGAGGACGAUAUGACUCUGAUUGAGAACAUGACGGCGUCUGCAUGCGUUCGGAAUGUAACAGGCAGCAAUCGGAUCGGAGGAUAUCAACUGGAUGCACUGGCAGUCGCGCACAACCCGAAUCACGUUUUCUUCGAUGAUCGCAGCCUUGUCUUGUACCUCCGAAUGCUCAGAAAAUCCCCGUUUCUCGCACAGAACAUUGUGAGGCAUGUAGUUGAAAAUGAGGAAAUGUGGCACUUGCAUGGCAAACUGUUGAAAUAUGUGGUGAAGGAUGAAUGUCUGCUGACGGUAAGAUACCAUUGCGCACGUUGUAUUGAGUUGGUUUUUUUCUGCAGGUCUGUAUCGCAACAAUUCCAGACAUAGUUCGUUAUUUGAAAGUUUAUCAGGUCUUACUCAAUCCAGAUGUGCCUGUUCUUGAUUUACUGUAAUCGGUCUUCAAUUGCUUCGAACGUUUUCAUACUCGUUUUCAGACGUUUCAAUACAAAAUCUAUUGCUGCCUGUCAAAAAUACAUUCGAAAACCCAAACAAAAUGCGGAUUCCAUCACUCCUGGGCAGCUGAUCAUUCUCUUCGGCUGCGAUAAAAACAAAUGGGCAAGAGUGAUCGUAAGAUUCUGGAAACUGUUCGAGAAAGAGCCCGCCUUCGUGUGCGAGAGGUUGUACCACUUUGUAAGUUGGCCAAGAAUCUACUCUUAUUAUUUCUGAUGGUUCAGGCAAAGCGAUGCGUCGCGCUCAACCUCUUAAAUCGCAUCGUCGCUCUUCUGAAAGCUAUUUCGACAAGCGAAUUCUGCAUAAAUGUUUUGAAGGAUGAACACCUUCGGACAGUUUACAAACUCGUUUAUCGCUCUAUUUUUACACUCAUAACGGACAAAACGUGCAGGUUCCGUUUCUGGCCACUCGAGCCCACUCAAUAUUUCAUUUAUUCAGAACAGAAAUAGUGGAAUCGUGCAUGGACGAGAGACAUCGUUACGAUCUGUUCGAGCAUCAGAUCAAGAAAGUUCCUGCCGAGCAUACCGACAAGUACAUGAACUUUGAAAACGAAGUAUCAUUCUCGGUCGAAAAGUUUCUUCAGUACGGAAUUGAAACUGACAACGUUGACUUUACGGAUUUCGGACUCACUGAAUUCUACAAACAGCUCAACGACAAUCUGAGUGAAGAGAUAAUUAAAACGAGUGAAUCGAGAGGUUUUUUUUUACUGGAAAAGUUACGCUUUUCAAAUUUUCAGGCAAGUACAUGGUCGACUUUCUCGCUUUCGUCUGGCUCCAGUUGCCUUCAAUGCGCCCGCGAAUUCUCCCGAUCGUCGCUCGUUUCAAGCAUAUUUCUCCAGCUUGGGCCCGUUUUCCACAGCCUCCUCACGUGACUGCUGACGAGCACACUUUUGUUUUCAAACUGCGGUUCGUCCUCGCCAUGAAGAUGAUGGCGAAUGACCAAAUAAGAAGCGGAGAGCUGUCGACAAGCGUUGUACUGCUGCUGACCACCUACGAUCGCAAGUACUCGACUUGUGCUCUGAUGACUAAAUCUCAAUAUAGACGAAAGAACUUAAGUUCGGGCAUGCUGCCCAUGCUGAUCAAAACGCUUCGGAAGCAGUUGAAUGGGGAAGAAAAAGAAAUGAUCGACGGAGAUUUGUUUGAAACGGUCGCUCAAGCGGCGUCCCUAAUUCGAGAAGUAGCGGCGUGCUUCGCUCCGUUCUUGUUCAAGAUAUGCGUUGAUGUGAAGGCAUGUUACGAUUUUGCCCUCUCUAAGUUGUUGGAAGGACUAGCUGUAGUGAACAAACGAGAAAAGCCAGUAAUUUUCUGCCUGGCCGAAUGCGUUGAUUCGAUGGGUUUGAAUGUUCUCGCUCGGUUUGAACGACUUCCAGACACGCCGAAGGGUGUGCAUGGCUCCCGUUGGUUCUUUGUUCUGGCGAGGCUCUUCCUCGACCACGGUUUCCUGACACACGCCUUCGCCAUAGCAAAUCUUAUUUUUGAUCGACUCGUUUCGAACACCAGAAAUGUGAUGAUGAUCGACAGAAUCUCGUUGGAAGAGAUCGAACACAGCGAUCAAAUGAUAGCGUUGCUCGUGGAUAUCUACGUGGCGCAAGACAAUUCGGUCGCCCUGGGCUCCCUUCCUUCGUUCGUGCAAACCCGUCCGGAUGUCCGUCAAGUGAUGUUCAAAAACUCGAAAGAAUGGAUUCGUCUCGUAUCGACGAGUCUGUUGGAUUCGCAUGAAAUGACAAUAGCCAGAUGGAUGUGUGGUCUGCACUUGGAAGGUGGCGAGAAAUAUUUGGACUCAAUUCUUCAUUGUCGCUUUUCUGACUACCCGAAACUGGUGGAUUCGCCCAUCAAGUUUGUCUAUUUUCUACUUUACCAUCACGCACUCGGCACGGAUAUCUCAGUGGCAAUCAGUGAACUAACUGCACAAAUGAUGAGCGAACUGUCAAUCAACGAUGUGCGACUUCUGAUGUUAGUGGCGGACGAGGCGAACUUCGCUCCGGAAUCAAUCGAAGAGCACGUGAUGCAGGCGAUUCGAGAUCUAAGAGACACGGCCGGUAAGCGGAAAAGAAUGGAAUUCCAGCAGGCGAAAGUCAACGAGAAGACUGUUGGAAUGGUGAAAGUUGCGGAAAUUCUGGCGCAGAACAAUGCGCACGAAGCCGCAUCUCUGCUGAUGAACAAGUGGCACGAGGAGUGUCUCGCCUGGAAUUCUCCGUCGGUUGACGUGGCUCUCGUCGAAGUCUGUCAGUCAGGAAUUAUGUGCCGAGCGGGAGACUAUCGCAUGGCUGAGAUCAAUUUGAGGGCGAUGCAGCCGCAGUUGAACGACAUGAGUGACGUGGCAGUCGCUGAAUUGACGCUAGUUUUGAGCAAAAUAACUCUGGAGUAUCGAAACGAUUUGGACGAAGGAAUUCGGAUUCUGGAGAAAGGGUGUAAUCGAUUGAAGAAAAGAGAAUCUGUGGAAGCGAGAUUGAGGUUGUUGCUGGAAUUCCACUUGGUCUGCAUGAAUCAACUGUCCAAACUGGAAGAAUACCGCGAAUCGAGAAGUUUCCGUAUGAAACAACAGGCGAUUACAGCAUUCGAGCAACAACUGACCAAUUCAUCCCGAUUGGGCAGAGCCAAUUCUGAAGACGAAGGAUCGAAACGGGCGGUUUCCCGAGUUAAAAAAGAGCAUCAAUGCGAGAAGGAGGAAGUGGAAAAAGUGCAGAUCAGUGUGGUGACUGCUGCGGUGAAAGCCGUCUCGUCGGCAUUCGACGCACUUGGUAUUCUUGUAUUGUACUUUCAUCUCCAGAUCGGACUGUUUUCAGAAUGUAUCAGUCGGCUGAACGACACUGAAGAAGCCAUUCGGACCGCUUCACUCAUCGUCUUCCCUCUCAUUGACGUCAUUUACAAGUACGAACAGAGUCCAGAAGUCGUCGUACUUCUCAAGGAUCACUGCACCAAACUGUGCUCCAAACUGUGGUUGUGUGCCACUUCGCACAUCGCUUCAAAGUGUUUCUCCGCCGAACCUUCUCCACUCCGCCGCUAUCUUUAUCAGAUACUUUUCCGAAUGAUCUGCGAUUAUCCUUAUCACGUUCUGCACACAGUUUUCAUGUAUGAAUCCGGACAGAGUGGGUCGACUGUCACGAAGUUUCUCAACUCGGUUCUGGAGAAAAGGACGCAGUGGGAUGUCAAUAAGCUGAGAGAAAUUGUCACUUUGAUGAGAGAAGUGCACUUAGCGUAUAGGUACGUUCCCCAAGACGACAGUAGUCACUUGUCUCUUUUAGAGAGUUGGCCCGAUUAGAGACGAGGGAGAAUCACCUGCUGCAGAAAGUGAAUGUCGAAGGAAAAACUAUGCUUAGACUGCCGUCAGACCUGAAAGUGUUAAAAUGUAGACUGGAUCGUCUGCCUAUCCCAACCAUCUCUCAAAAAGUACCACCUCGCACACACUCUCCCCAGUUCUGCUCAUUCUUACAGAUUGGACGAGCUGGAGACUACACGACAACCGGACUGAUCACCUGGAAAGCUUGGAAAGAUGUAUUCUCGAUCGCCGACGGACUCUCGGCGCCAAAGAUUUGGGAAAUUCAAGGAAGCGAUAAAAAGUGGUACAAGACAGUGUGGAAGAAGGACGACGUGCGACAGGAUGUGCUCGUGGAACAGAUGUUCGACGUUACGAAUAACAUGCUCGAAAAGAGAACUUUGCGAACGUACAAUGUCGUUCCUCUGGAUACGGAGUGCGGAAUCAUCGAGUUCUGUGGAGGAACCAUUAGCAUAAGUUUGUGUCUUUCCUUGGAAAUUAGAUAUGUGAAUUGUUAGAGGAAAUGUUGUGUGGAAUUACUCGUGACAAAGGUCUGCACAGCGAAUUCAAUCCGGACGAGCCGACGGCCACGAAGGUAUCUCUGCAGAUGCGCAACUCGCAGCAAGAGUCGACAGAGUCUCGGAGGAGAGUGUUCGUCGACAUUUGCAAAGUAUAUUCGCCCGUGUUCAGGUAAUCAUUAUCUAGGGAGAAAUGACGGAUUCACGACUUCAGGCACUUCUUUUACACAAACUUUCCGACUGCUCACAUCUGGAGAGAGAAGAUUGCCAACUACAGAAAGAGUCUUGCCACGUGGAGUGUAGGUUAGUUAUUCAUAUCCUCUUUCUCUUUUCUCCCAUCACUUCGUUACAGUGUGCUACAUCGUCGGUCUCGGUGAUCGUCAUGCUUCGAACAUUCUCUUCGAUCAGAACAAGUGCACCUUCGUUCACAUCGAUCUCGGAAUGAUCCUCGAAUACAGCAAAAGAACGCUUCCAGUCCCCGAAAGAGUGCCGUUCCGACUCAGUCGAGAUCUUCUUGAUCCGAUUUUGAUAGAAGGCAUCGAGAAUGGACAGCUGGCGGACGAGUGCAUCGUGGCGAUUGAGAAGUUAAAGCAGAACGGAAAAGUGAUUCUGGGAGUCGCGUCUGCCCUUCUCCGAGAGACAACGACAAACUUCCGGGAGGCGGAGCAAGCCAACGGCCGCCCUUCUUACAUCUCCGAAAUGGCCAUCGGGCGGCUCAGAGACAAGUUGGAAGGAACGGACGACGGAGUGACUGCGCAGUCUUCUGAUCUACAAGUUCGGAGGCUUUUGAGGGAAGCCACGUGCGCCGACAAUCUUUCAAGAAUGUUCUGUGGAUGGAUGCCGUUCCUCUGAAACCUCACUAAUUGUUGAAUUAAUCUGUAUAACAACACACAUAUUUUGAAUGCUCACAUUUACGGUUCUUGAUUUACAUCUGAUGAUUUUCAAAGUUUGCCUCUGAAUAAAAUUCAAUUCUGUUUUAUGAAAAUUCUGUUGCCAAUGUGCCAAAUGAUCUCUGCGUGACACGACCUUUGACUUGAGGCCAACGUGGCAACUAUGAUCAGCUGUGUACUAAAAGAUCUUGGUCGGAGUUCAGUAUUACUCGUUUUGCGUCACAAAUCCGACUCCAACGGAAAACAGUUAAUCCGUUCCGAUCUGACGAAGUACUCGAUGCGAAAAGGGUACUUUCCUAUGAUGAAUCGAUACCUCAAACUGUUAUUCGUCGUUGUUCUCUUCGGAUGUUUCCUGGCGUAUUCCAACCUUUUCAACCGUUCGUUCUUCCUCAAACAAUGCCGCAAUGCCACGUCACGUGACAAUACGGUAGCAGUGGAAGUGCCGGAUUCUCUGGAUGUCUGCAGAGGUCGGGAAAUGAGGAACUGCGUGCCUCCGUUGAGACGAUUCAAACAAAUGUACAGGGUACCAACACUUUUUUCUAUUUUCAUUACCUAAGUGUUCACAGACCGCCACGGGAAAAGGUCUGACUGCGUGUGUAAUCGAAAAGACGUUCUCGACGUUCCUCACCGCCAUCAUGUGCUUCCUGAACGAUCAGAAGACGUUUCUGGCCAGCAACCGGACACUCGAUUCGGAUAUUUAUUCGCAAAGGUCCGUGAAAAAUUUGUAGAUUUUACUUUUUUCAGUUGAAAAUGCUGAGAUAUGAAUAGUUUCUCGAAUAAACUGUAUUGGUUCUAUACGUAUUUGUCUCGUUUAAAAUUUGCAACUUUUUGCGCAAUCAUUCACGUUAUUGCUUACGGAAGAAAGUUAAAAACUAACAAAGGAUAGUUCUAGGUUUGAACAUAGUGUAAACUUUUUAAAUUAUGAUGAUUCCUGCCUGAAUAUUCUCCCAGAAAAAAAAAUUAUAUUGCGUAACAAUUUCUGCAGAUUAUGCAAGGAUAAGAACGAAUUCACCGAAUUGGAGAACAUUGCGAAUUGGAAGAAUAUGACGCUCUUCGCAGUGGUGCGCGACCCGAUCGACCGGUUUGUUUCGGGUUUCACAGACAAAUGUUUGCGGGAGAAAGUGUGGAAGCGUUACAAGAUGAGGUGUGGUGGCUGCAAAACGGUCGGUGAAUCUGAAAGAAGAAGAAGAAGAAGAAGAAAAAGAAGGAAGGGUUUCAGAAUCUGACGUGCUUCGUGGAUCAAAUGCAUUAUCGGAUGAAAUUCUUCGAACGACGUCCCUACGGAGGAAUCGACUUCGACGACAGUCACUUCUUCCCGCAGUCGUGGUGAGAGCGAGCGGCUCGAUCAGCUUCAGAACGACUCCUUUUCAGGCGGUGCGAGUUCUCCACUCAGCUUGUCAAAUACCGAAUUCUUCAACUGGACAGCCCUCAGUUUUUCGAUGAACUCCUCGAGUUAUUUGAGAGACAUGGAGUCGGUCCGGAGGCCAUCCAGUUCAUCAGUACAUGCCUCUCCACCGGGUUCCCCGUUCAUUUCUUUCUUCAGAUGCAAGUUUGCACACGAGAACUCCGCACAGUACGAAGGAUUCGAUGGAGAGGGCGGAGGUCGAGGAGAUGGUGCUCAAGACUCCGUACAUCCUUCGAAAAAUCAUCCAAAUGUAUUAUUUCGACUUUUUACUUUUCGGCUUCAAACUGCCAAUCAUUCCUCACGUUUAG